AUGGGCGAUGCGGGGAAAGAGAUGAAGAUGGCCAUUACUUUGGUCAGUGGCGCAGAAAUUCCAUUGCCCUCGCCAGUCUUCGAAAACGAGACCGUGCAACAACUCCGCCUGCGCUUGUCCAACGAGCUCAAAGUGCCCUCGGGCCAGGUGGCAUUGCUUUGCGGCUUCGAGCUCCUACGGGAUGCACAGAAGAUGGGGUCCCUCCCUUGCGAAUCAGGCAUGUGCGAAGUGACGGUUAUGGUCAGCAAGAAGUGGGAUGACAAAUUGCAGGAGCUGUUGGUGGAUCCGGGCCGCUUCACCGCUGCUGGCUUGGCCUCCAUGGCGGAUGGUGCCUUGUUCAACUGGAGCAAAGGGGGCGAUCGCCUACUCCAGGGCCCCGAGGUGAAGAGGACUUCGGACGAUGGCUCGGGAGUGCUGGUGAAGGAGGCUGAUUGCUUGAAGUUCGUCAUGGAAAAUGGAAGCUCACCGGAAGGAGGCCUUUGGAUUGGCGGCUCUAAGUUCCGAGUCCUUCGCCAUGAUCGAGAGGAUGAACCCUUCACCACCUUGCUGGCCAUCAGCACCUCCUGGCACUUGGAUGGCCUCGGCAUGGUGGCCAUCAGCACUGGCUCCAAUGUCUUGCUUUGCCGCUUCGAACGGCCCGGAGAGAUGCUCGCUGGGAUCCUGGGGCCUUUGCGGAAGGCGGCCGCUGCCUUUGGUGAUCUCAUGUGUGCUGAGGGCAUGUGA